AUGGAGCUCGUCUCGCCGUACGCGAUGUGGUCCAAAAGUGACCCGCAAGUGACCGAGGAACAGAAAGGCUCGCACAACUCGUAUUCGAUGACCAGCCCGCUCGCUAAAGACGGCUCCGACUUCCCAGCCAAGAAGUUCGUGACGGCCGAAGCUCUGGCGAGCUACAAGCCGGUUGCGACGCUCGUGGCGGGCCAGGAGUUCUCGUGGGACUUGGCAGGAACAGCGACACAUAACGGCUACGACCUCAUGAAGACGAUGGUCGUCAUGGCUAGCUGGAUUGGCGGCUGCCCACUGCAGAAGCCGUACAAGUUCAAGGUUCCUGACAUCCCUGGAUGUGAUAAGGUGCGCGGCUCUCGAGCUUGCCUUGAGGUGUCCAUCUUCUGGUGGUCCUGGGUGAACGAGACAGGCAACCGCGAGAUGUACCAAAACGCCGCCGUCGUCUCGGUCAGCGGGACCGCCAAGUCGUUCACCGGUCCGCAGAUUUACCGCGUGAACACUUUCGGUGAGGGCGUCUGCGUCAACACGGAGGGCACGGACGAUGUUUUCCCCAACCCAGGUCCGCAGGUAUUCUACGGCGGCAAGGCCUCGGCCAGCAGUCCCAAGAUCUCGCUGACAUGCCCAGGCUGGGACAACAACAAGAUGGUUACGGUUACGGGCACAGGGAGUGGUCCUGCUGCGCCCGCCAGUUCUGGCGGCGGAUACGCUUCGUCCGGCGCGACCAACUCUGGCGCGACAGGUGCGACCGGCGCAACAGGUGCGACCGGUGCAACAGGUGCUACGGGGACAGCUGCAGCGUCCGGUGGUAACGCGAGCGCGUCGGCGGCGUCGGGAACGGGAACGAAUGGCGCGACAGACGCAGCCUCGACUGGAGGUGCUGCGGGUACGGCAGGGAGCUCGCCGACGGACACUGCUGCAGGCGCGGCGGGUACCGGUUCGAGCGAGUCUGGCGACGGUUCAGGUGCCGGGGCUGGUGCAGGUCCGGGUACUGGCGCAGGUACAGGCGGUACGACGGGAGGAGCAGGCUCGACGACGGGCUCGACAGGCUCGACCUCGCUCUCCACGAACGACACCAAAUUCCUCAUGUUCGGCGGCGGCUUCCUCGCGCUCCUCCUCCUCGCCGGCUGUUUCAUCUUCGCCAUGCACCGCAACUCGCAAGGUGGAGGUGGGGGACGAGGAAGACGGUACCAGGACAGCGACACGUCCGACAGCAGCGAUUCCGAUUCUUACGACGAGAAGCCGCGAAGGCGGCACCGUCACCACCACCGGUACCGGGACUAA